CAUUGAAAGCGAUUUGCGACCACUUCUUCUCUCUUCUCUCUCUCUCUAGAAUAACAACAACAGCAAACCCAUUAUUGCUUCUCUUGAAUAACAGCAAAACAAAAUUGUCCACCCCAACUUCACUCACAAACAAGUUUCUUGAAAACCCUUUAUAAUGAUAUAAUCCCUCUAUAUAUUCCUUCUCUUUUGUGGAUGACAUCCAUUGGGUCUAAAACAAAAAACCCAUUAAAAAAAAUUGUUCCUUUCGAAUUAAAGAGUUAGAAGAUAAGUGAAAAGCUGGUUAUUUUUGGUCAUUUUGGGGGAAUUUGUGCAAUUCUGAUGUUGUGAGGUGGUGGGCCCAGUUGGGAUAGUGUCAAGAUUUGAUCUUUUUUGGUGGGUUUUAUUCUUUUUGAUAGAUUGAGAAUCAUUGAAUCAACAUCAGGUGGAUUAGGGGUUUAUGUAGAUGGUUAUUAUAGUUCUUGAUUGAUGCUGUUUUAUAUAUUGAUUGAAUCUAGAGUAGACAAAGAGGUUUUGGAAAGGGUAUCUGAGUAUGGUGAGUGAUAUGGAUAUGGAAAUGGAUAUGAGUGGAGAAGAUGAGUCAAAAGGAGGCAUGUGGGCUUUGGAGCAGAAGAUUGACCAGCCUAUGGAUGAAGAAGCUGGUAGGCUCAAAAAUAUGUAUAGAGAAAAGAAAUUCUCUGCGCUUUUGCUUCUUCAACUUUCAUUUCAAAGUCUUGGAGUUGUCUACGGAGAUUUGGGAACGUCUCCAUUGUAUGUAUUUUACAAUACUUUUCCCGAUAAAAUCACCGAUACAGAAGACAUUGUCGGUGCACUUUCCUUGAUCAUUUACUCUCUUACCCUUGUACCGCUCAUCAAAUAUGUGUUCAUCGUAUGUCGCGCAAAUGACAAUGGUCAAGGUGGAACUUUUGCUCUUUACUCAUUAUUGUGUCGGCAUGCAAAAGUUAAUACAAUUCCAAACCAACAUAAAACCGAUGAGGAGUUGACAACUUAUAGUCGAAGCACAAUUCACGAGAAAUCAUUUGCUGCAAAAACGAGGAGGUGGUUGGAAGGAGACGCGUUUAAAAAGAACGUACUUCUUUUACUUGUCCUAGUUGGCACUUGCAUGGCGGUCGGAGAUGGAAUUCUAACUCCUGCUAUUUCAGGGUGUUGGUGGGGCCCCUGGUCCCGUGAGUUUGCCGGUAACAGGUUCUCACUUCUCACGAUGACCCAAAUUAGGUUAAAAAAAGGGUGAUUAGUAAGUUUAUCUUACCCAUCAGUAAUGAAUUUUGUUGCACCUAAUAUGAAACUAGUUAUCCAAAUUUUGUAUACAUUAUGAUAUAUCUGACCGAAUUGGCCAUUUAUACCAGUUUUAUCGGCUUCUGGUGGCAUCAAGAUAGACCACCCUGGGAUGAGUACCGAUGUUGUUGUAGUUGUUGCGGUUGUGAUACUAGUCGGUUUGUUUAGCCUACAGCAUUAUGGUGUUGAUAAAGUUGGAUGGCUCUUUGCUCCAAUUGUGUUACUUUGGUUUCUUUUAAUAGGAGGAAUCGGAAUAUUUAAUAUCUGGAAACACGACAGUGGGGUGCUACGCGCUUUUUCACCCGUUUAUAUAUUUCGAUACUUCAAACGAAGAGGAAAAAAAGGUUGGACGUCACUUGGUGGGAUCAUGCUCAGUAUAACAGGGACGGAGGCACUAUUUGCUGACCUGGCACAUUUUCCAGUGUCGGCAAUCCAGCUGGCAUUUACGGUUGUUGUAUUUCCGUGCCUUCUUCUAGCUUAUUCUGGACAAGCAGCGUACCUCAUGAACAAUAAGGAUCAUGCGUCAGAUGCGUUUUACCGCUCUAUCCCAGACGGUAUAUACUGGCCGAUGUUUAUUAUUGCUACACUAGCUGCUAUUGUUGCAAGUCAGGCAACUAUUUCCGCAACGUUUUCGAUAAUAAAGCAGGCAAAUGCGCUUGGUUGUUUUCCAAGAGUGAAGGUUAUUCAUACGUCAAGUAAAUUUCUUGGGCAGAUAUAUAUUCCAGAUAUUAAUUGGAUCCUUAUGAUUCUUUGCAUUGUUGUGACUGCUGGAUUCAAAAAUCAAAGUCAAAUCGGCAACGCAUAUGGGACAGCAGUCGUUAUAGUCAUGCUAGCAACAACUUUCCUCAUGAUACUAAUCAUGUUAUUAGUCUGGCGAUGUCACUGGAUCCUCGUCUUCAUAUUCGCCGCCUUAUCCCUAAUCGUUGAACUCACUUACUUCUCCGCCGUUCUUUUUAAGGUUGAUCAAGGUGGGUGGGUCCCACUUGUCAUAGCCGCCGUCUUCCUUUUCAUCAUGUACGUUUGGCAUUACGGCACAGUCAAACGUUACGAGUUUGAAAUGCAUAGUAAAAUCUCAAUGGCAUGGAUUCUUGGUCUCGGUCCAAGUUUAGGGCUUGUUCGUGUCCCGGGAAUCGGGCUAGUUUACACCGAGCUCGCUAGUGGGGUCCCACAUAUCUUUUCACAUUUCAUCACUAAUCUACCCGCAAUUCAUUCAGUGGUGGUCUUCGUGUGCGUAAAAUACCUCCCGGUUUACACCGUCCCCGAAGACGAAAGAUUUCUCGUAAAACGAAUCGGGCCCAAGAACUUUCACAUGUUUAGAUGCGUUGCAAGGUACGGUUACAAGGAUCUUCAUAAAAAAGACGAGGACUUUGAAAAGAAACUAUUCGAUAAUCUGUUCAUGUUUGUGAGACUCGAGUCAAUGAUGGAAGGCGGGUCUGACUCGGAUGAUUAUAGCUUAUACGGUCAACAAACUCAGGGUUCUAAAGAUUUAUUGCUAUCCGAUACCAACAAUAAUACGUUUUCUUCGGUUGUUGACCUCACGAUUUCAUCGUGUGACUCUAUAGUGCCUGCUAAAUCACCGUUACAUGUUAGAACUUCCGGGACGUCAUCUGGGCAGGUAAGUAGUCAAAGAGAGGUUGAUGAAAUGGAGUUCUUGACAACGUGUAGAGAUGCGGGGGUGGUGCAUAUAAUGGGGAACACGGUAGUGAGAGCGCGACGGGAUUCGUCUCUCUAUAAGAAGUUGAGUAUCGAUUAUGUUUACGCGUUUUUGAGGAAGAUUUGCAGGGAGCAUAGUGUGAUCUUUAAUGUUCCUCAUGAGAGCCUUUUGAAUGUUGGGCAGGUGUUUUAUGUGUAAAUUAUAGUAUUGAUUGUUUAUUGAUGGUUAUAGUACUUUGUUCUUGUAGCAAGGUCGAACGCGAUAUAUUAUACGUAUAUUAAACGUGUGUCGGUAUGUCGGUAUGUUAAUAUAGCCUCUCUACCUGUAUAUUUACAUUGAUGAAUCGUUUACUUGGGUGUGUGAAACGUAUUGUAUAGAAUUCAUUAGGGAUUGUAGAAACGGAUGCAGGGAGAAUCUAAAUGGAAAAGAUCAAGAUUAUCUUUUAAA